GCAGUUCCCAACUUAUAAUUAAACGAGCGUGAGGCAUUUUCCUACACAUUAUAAUAUUAUUGGUAAUUUAAGAAAAAACUCUGCGAUAUAAUUGUGAUUGGAAUAUUUAAUAAUUAGCUGUUAGACUUUCCGCGUUUGUAGAUGAAAACGAUCCGAUGCGAGAUGACGCUCUGCAUGCCCGAUUCAGAACUUCUGGCGUUGUUCAGGGAAGAAUUCAACGAAGAUUUAGAAACCAGAGAAAAAUAUUUGGAGCAUAUGAAAGAUUGGCUAAGACAACAACCACAUUUGCCUAAGGAAUGGGGCGAUGUUCCCCUGUUGAACUUCCUGAGGUGUUGCAAUUUUUCCCUCGAGAAGACGAAGAUGAAAAUCGACAAGUAUUUCACUGUUAAGGCGGCUUUACCGGAAUUUUUUAAGGAUUGGGACAUAAAGAGACCUGAGUUGGUGGCUGUAACUGAGGCAGGACAAGCCUGCGCCCUGCCAAAUCUGACGCCAGAGGGCAGGAGGGUGAUGGUCCUGAGAGGCUACACCAAAAACAUGAAAACCCCCAACGUGGUCCAUUUCAUCAGGAUAGCUCUGAUGUUCGGCGACAUAAGGAUAAACGAGGAACUACACGGCGUCACAGGAGACGUCGUCAUCUUCGACGCCAGCGUUUUGACGGCCGGCCAUUUUUCCAGAGCCGCCAACCCGGUCCUGCUCAAGAAAUUCCUGCUCUGCGUCAGGGCAUUACCUGUCAGAGUUAAGGAAAUCCACGUGGUCAACGCUGUAUCCUUGGUGGAUGUUGUCGUAAAUUGGAUAAUGAUGUUCGUCAAGGAGAAAUAUCGGAAGUUGUUGUAUGUACACAGCUCGGUUGAGACUCUACAGAAUUACAUCCCGACAUACGUCCUUCCUGAAGAAUAUGGAGGUACUGCUGGUAGUCUUGAGGAUUUCAAGAGAGAAUGGAUCAGAAAACUCGACAGUUAUACGGAUUGGUUCAAGGAGCACGAGAAUUUCAAGGCUGACGAAUCUAAGAGGCCUGGAAAACCCACAAAUUAUGACGAACUGUUCGGACUUGACGGCAGUUUCAGGCAACUGACAAUCGACUGAGAUCCUAUUGCUGAAGGAGUAAAUGAAAAAUGUAUUCGAGUGUAUUGAUAAAAUAGGGAGGAGAAUAAAUCUCGUUGUAUUGUUUGUUUUUUUUAACCCACAGUCUUUU